AUGUUGCAAUUUGUGUCCUGUCGUGAUCGUCGCAUGUCUGUAAUUCCCUCUGAUGCCCCAGCCGACACGGUCAAGUUCCGUCUGGAGAAGACUGCCAUCUCCAGGGUGCCUCGUGCUGCCUUCUUCUACCUUUCUGAGCUGCAGUAUCUGUGGCUGACCUACAAUACCAUCAACGCCAUCCAUCCUAGCAGCUUCGUCAAUUUAAAAGUCCUGCGUGAACUGAGAUUGGAUGGAAACCUUCUCUCGGCCUUUCCCUGGGAGGCGCUGAGAGACAUGCCUCGCUUGCGCAGUUUGAGUCUCCACAACAACCGACUCUCCAGCCUCCCUGCCCAAUCUUCUCUCUUUCUUCCACACGUCACAUAUCUUGACCUCUCCAGCAAUAGGUUGACAACUUUGCCCUCUGAGCUUCUGGACCUUUGGCUUCCACUCCCUAGGCAGUCAGAAGAGCCAACACUGAGAAGAGUGUUAGGUCUCCAUGAUAACCCCUGGCUGUGUGACUGCCAGAUCUCUGUGCUGACAACCCUCUCCAAGUUCCCAGGAAGCCCUGUAUUCCUAACGGAUCAGUUACUGUCCUGCAGCAUGCCUGAUAAACAACUUGGGGUCUCCUUCUCUCAGACAGAUCCAUCCCAGUGCAUGAGACCUUCUGUUCAACCCUUGGCCACUAAGGUCACCUCCCCAUUGGGUAGCAACGUAAUACUCCGUUGUGAUGGCACUGGCCACCCCACGCCAACCAUCACUUGGACCAAAGUGUCUGUCUACAACACUGUAAUGCAGGAAUCUCCUCGAGUAGGAAGCAGAUGGUCCAUCAUCAGCCUCAAUGGAAUUUCAUACAAAGAUGCAGGGGAAUACCGCUGUCAGGCACAGAACAUGGCUGGAAAAGCAGAAGCUUACAUUAGGCUUAAGGUAGUGGGAUUUUUUGCUGCACCCCAAACCAUUAAAAACCCUUUUGCGCAAAAUACAAAACAAACACCAGCUAUAAUUUCAAUAUCCAACCCCCCCAAAAAGACGGAGAAAACUGAAAAAGCAAACAGUGUCACAUUUAAAAAAAGGCUAUUACUUAAAAAAUCGAAGAUUGGGGAUAAGGAUUAG